ACGUAAUAAAAGAAGAACCCUAUUUCUGUGGACGUAGAUCUCACAUACUGUGAGAUUGAACCACGUUAAACAAAGUGUCCUUUUUCUUCCGCGCUUUAUGAUAUUUCUCAUGGUAUCAGAGCAAUCGGUCUAAAAAUCGUUGUCGUUGUCAACCAUGGCUUUGGAGGGCGAGGAUCAGAAGUCGGACUCGUCUACCAGCCACGGUAAGGAGCACUCCAAUAUCAGUAUGGAUGCUUCGUCUGUCUAUUACCUUCACCCUUCCGAUAGCAACAGUCAAUUGCAAGUCGGAGAUCUUCUCACACCAACAAACUACGGUGAGUGGGUGGUCGAUGUCACGGAUGCCCUAAUUGUCAAGAACAAAAUCGGAUUUGUUGACGGUACUAUACCUAAGCCUGCUGCGGAUUCUGAACAGCGUGCUUGGACGCGUUGCGAUGCCCACGUUAAGGGAUGGUUACGCAUGUCUAUGUCUAAAGAAGUGAGGAGCAGUGUUCGCUAUGCAAAAUCAGCUCGUGAAAUCUGGGUAGAUCUGAAGGAGCGUUUCGGACAAGGUAGUCUCACUCGUGGUUAUGAAUUGCGUCGUAUGAUAUCAGCUUUGUGGCAAGAAAAAUUGUCUGUGUCUGCUUUCUACACACAGCUGAGAGCUUUAUGGGAAGAGGCUCAAUCUCUUUCCCCUACAGAACUUUGUACAUGUGGCUCCUGUACUUGUGGUCUUGAACGCAGGAUCCAAGACAAAGAAGAAACAGCAAGGCUCUAUGAUUUCCUUAUGGGCCUUGAUGAGAGUUUUGGCACCGUUCGUAGCCAAGUACUCUCCAUGAAGCCUACGCCAAAGCUUGCGGAGGCAUUCAAUCUUGUCCUCAACGACGAACAACAACGACUACUAACACAAAAGCGUCGCCCGAAUUCAGAAGCUGCAGCCUUUGCUUCGCAAAGUGAAGGGACUGAUCGCGGUGGGCCACGCAAUAGUGAAGGAAAGCCGAUAUGCACACACUGUGGCAAAAUCGGACAUUUUCGAGCCACUUGUUAUGAUUUGGUAGGCUGGCCAAAUCGUGGUGAGUCUAAUUCUGGUGACAAGCCUCCUGCGGGCAAGGGAAAUUCUGAGAAGAAACGACGCCCACCUCCCGGAAAGGGACAGCCGAAGGCUGCGCAAGCUGAGGCCGAAUCAUCCUCAGUCGCUGGCUUCACUGUACAGCAGUUGGAGCAACUUCGUCAGUUCUUCAAUCAACCCAAAGCUGUCGAUGAUCCUAUUGCGCAUAUGGCAGGACUUACACUCCAGGAGCGUGAUUGGGAAGGGGAUUCUUCGUGAUGGGCUGUAUUAUUUGAAAUUGUUUGGAAGCCAGGAACGACUUGUGUUUGCUGCCGACGGGAAGGGAACGUUGUCAGAAGACGUUUGGCACGCCCGCCUGGGGCACCCAUCGCCUGCAAAGUUGUCUCAACUUAGUCAGUUUAUCUCAAUGUCUUUUAAUACGAAGAAGAACCCUUGUCACUCGUGUUUUCGUGCUAAGCAGAGUCGAACACCUUUUCCUGCUAGUUCUAUCAAAACUUCGGAUUGUUUUGAGUUAAUCCAUGUUGACAUUUGGGGAGGAUAUAAAGUUGCUUCUCUUGA